UUUAGCUUAGAUAUUUGCUUACAGCGUUAAUAUUUCAGUUUUUAUUUUCAACAUAUUUCUUGAUUAUGAAAGAACCCAUAGUGGUGCACUGCUUAUCCUUCACUUCUGGGCUUAUUGGUGUGAGGCUUCAAAGUAAAUGGACAAAGUCUUUUCCCAUCUCUCCAUUGAUAUCCCCAACGCUCACUUCCAUAGGGUAGAAGCUGAAGAACAGCCUGAGAUAUAUGAGGAAUACUCGGUUUCUGCUGUGCCUUUCUUCGUCUUCUUUAAGGAUGGUAUGAUUUUUGAUAAAUUGGAGGGUGCAGAUCCUUCCAGUCUCGCCAACAAAGUUGCCAAGGUUACUGGGUUUAUUAACCCUAGAGAAGUUGAUGCUCCUGCUAGUCUUGGGAUGGCGCUGGCCCCACCAUCCUUGAGACGGUCCAAAAUUUGGCGAAGAGUUGAAGAAGUCGUUGCACGCUGUGUUCUCACAAUUCGGAAAGAUACUGGAUGUGUUAGCAUUGAAGACACUGAAACACAAAGGUCAAGCUUGGGUUAUUUUCGAGGAUGUUAGCUCCGCUACAAAUGCUCUUAGGCGAAUGCAGGGCUUUCCCUUUUAUGACAAGGAGAUGGU